AUGGAACCCUUCGCCUUCGAAUCAUGGAUAUACGCUGUUGUUGGAGCAUUGGUAAUCUUGGGCAGGACCUUUCUGGUAUGGAGAGCCCGGACGUUUCGCGGCUUCGCAGCUGACGACUUCCUUAUGAUUGCUGCACUCCCUCUUUCCGCCGGUGGGACGAUAGUAGGAUACAUUGUCGAAACACACACGCACGGCGUGGCCAACAGCGGUCUUACUCCCGAGCAACGAGACGCCCUUGAUCCGAACGGUGACGAGUGGAGCUUGCGAGUCGAGGGCUCCAAGGCGCAUCUAUCUGGCUGGAUGCUCUACACGGCGCUGCUCUGGACCCUCAAGCUAUGCUGCCUCUUCUAUUAUAAGCGACUGGGCGACCGCGUGGACCAUAUGAAGUUGAAAAUCAACGUCGGGUUUGCCUUGUGCGCCGUCACUUACCUUGGGAUAUGUCUGUCCGUUCUGGGCGGUUGCUGGCCCUUUGAAAACCACUGGCAAAUUAAUCCCGAUCCCGGAAGUAUGCUACUAAGCCGCUUUUCUACCUUGACUUACGCGUGGGUGGUAGUAUGCACCGACGUGGUGACCGACUUGUAUAUAAUGGCGAUCCCUCUCCCGAUGAUCUGGCGUGCUCGCAUCUCGACUACAGCGCGUAUUGGUCUCGCUGCUAUUUUCUGCGGCGGCCUGAUUACUAUCGUCUUUGGGAUUCUUCGCUUCUACUUUAUCUUGGAAAACGACCCUCUUGUCCCGGAUGCCGCUGCCCGGUGGUCGGAUCGGGAAACCGUCGUCGCCACUGUCAUCUCCAACGUCCCAGUCAUCUUUCCGCUACUGCGGCAAACCAUUCGAAGUAUCAAGAACUCCACGAGCCGAGGAUAUAAGCGUACAGGGAACGAUUCGGGGGGUUCAUCAAGCACCCGUGGCACGUUCGAGCUUUCAAAGCUAUCUCAUAAAGGCAGCGCGCCUACAAAUCAGAGACUGUCAAGAGUAGCCUUGUACGGGAAUCCCGAGUCGCAAGAAGCAAUCAUUCGCUGCGAAGAGGGCGGCGCGGUACCGCAGGAUGUUUAUACCGGCAAAGAGAGGAAUUUCCAUCUUCAGCAGAGACUGGACGUUGGAUAG